CGGCCUCCAUUCCCUCGCCGCGCCACCUGAAACCCUAGCCGCCGCUGCUGCUGCCGCCGCCACCCCGCCGCCGCGAUGGCCCCCAGCACCCGCCCCCUCGUCUCCGUGAAGGCCCUGGAGGGCGACAUGGCCACCGACGCCGUCAACCUCGCCCUCGCCGAGGUCUUCCGCGCGCCGCUCCGCCCCGACAUCGUCCGCUUCGUCCACAGGCUGCUCUCCUGCAACAAGCGCCAGCCCUACGCCGUCUCCCGCCGCGCCGGCCACCAGACCUCGGCCGAGUCCUGGGGCACGGGCCGCGCCGUGUCGCGUAUCCCGCGUGUCCCCGGAGGCGGAACCCACCGCGCCGGCCAGGGAGCCUUCGGCAACAUGUGCCGUGGCGGACGCAUGUUCGCGCCCACCAAGAUCUGGCGCAAGUGGCACCGCCGCGUCAACGUCCACCUUCGCCGUGUCGCCGUCUCCUCCGCCCUCGCCGCCACCGCCGUCCCGGCCCUCGUCCUCGCCCGCGGCCACCGCAUCGAGACCGUACCGGAGAUGCCCCUUGUCAUUUCUGACUCGGCCGAGUCCAUUGAGAAGACCUCCCAGGCCAUCAAGAUCCUGAAGCAGAUCGGCGCCUACGCUGAUGCUGAGAAGGCCAAGGACUCUGUUGGCAUCCGCGCCGGAAAGGGUAAGAUGCGCAACCGUCGCUACGUCAAACGCAAGGGUCCCCUCAUCGUCUACGGCACCGAGGGAUCCAAGAUCGUCAAGGCCUUCCGCAACCUCCCUGGCGUGGAUGUCGCCAACGUUGAGCGCCUCAACCUGCUCGACCUUGCCCCUGGUGGUCACCUUGGACGCUUUGUUAUCUGGACCGAGAGCGCCUUCAAGAAGCUUGAGGAGGUGUAUGGCACCUUUGAUGCGCCAUCACUGAAGAAGAAGGGCUUUGUGCUGCCGAGGCCUAAGAUGGCCAAUGCUGACCUUGGCAGGAUCAUCAACUCUGAUGAGGUGCAGUCUGUUGUUAAGCCAAUCAACAAGGAAGUGAAGCUCAGGGAGAAGAGGAGGAACCCACUAAAGAAUGCGGCUGCUGUGCUCAAGCUCAACCCCUACUUUGGUACUGCCCGCAAGAUGGCUACCCUUGCUGAGGCUGCUCGCGUCAAGGCAAGGAAGGAGAAGAUUGCUUCAAAGAGGACCAAGCUUAGCCCGGAGGAAGCUGCCAAGGUCAAGGCUGCUGGCAAAGCAUGGUACAAGACCAUGAUCUCAGACAGUGACUACACUGAGUUUGAUGUCUUCUCAAAGUGGCUUGGUGUUUCGCAGUAAACUUGUUCUGGUUAAGUUUUGGGUAGUAGUCCCGUCGUCGAGAACUUAUCUAAAGGAUUCUGUGAUUCUGUUUUAUCCUACUAUCACCAUAAGUUUUCUGUGGGAUUUUGAGACUUUUGUUCUGUCCGUUCUGUUGAUGUGUUAUCGUGAGAACAUAGAGUAUGAUGUGGUUCAAACUAGUUAUCCAAAAUUAUGCUUGCACUUCAUGUU